CUCAAGACAGUUGCGGUCUGAAUUCAGAAAAGUAAGCAACAUGAACUGCGUGAGAUUGAGAUUGUUCUUUGUGCUGAGCUGCCUGUGGCUCGGUUCGUCGGCGAGCAGUGAUCCGGAUGAUCCCCUCUUGAUGGUGGAGCUGCCCCAGGGCAAACUUCGUGGCCGCGAUAAUGGCAACUACUACAGCUACGAAUCGAUUCCGUAUGCCGAACCCCCCAUCGAUGACUUGCGAUUUGAGGCGCCGCAGGCGUACACACAAAAGUGGCUGGAUACUUUCGAUGCCACUCGGCCACCGGUGGUGUGCCUGCAGUGGGACCAGUUCACCCCGGGAGGCAACAAGUUGGCCGGCCAAGAGGACUGUCUGACUGUCAGCAUCUACAGGCCCAAGAGCAGCAGUCGCAAUGGCCUUCCCGUGGUGGCCCACAUUCACGGAGGUGCCUUCAUGUUCGGGGCAGCUGCGCAAAAUGGGCACGAUAAUGUGAUGCGGGAGGGCAAGUUCAUACUGGUGAAGAUAAGCUAUCGCUUGGGUCCACUGGGUUUCGCGAGCACCGGUGAUGCGGAUUUACCCGGAAACUACGGACUGAAAGAUCAACGACUGGCUCUGCAAUGGAUUAAGGCAAACAUAGCCCGCUUUGGUGGAGAGCCAGAGAACAUCCUGCUCGUGGGUCACUCCGCCGGAGGAGCAUCGGUUCAUUUGCAGCUCCUACGUGAAGACUUCGGCAAGCUGGCCAAGGCAGCGAUCUCAUUCAGCGGCAAUGCCUUGGAUCCUUGGGUUGUCCAGAAGGGAGGACGAGGCCGAGCACUUGAACUGGGGCGCAUUGUGGGCUGUGGACUGGCUGCAGAUUCGGCAACCCUUAAAAAGUGUCUCAAAUCCAAGACUGCCAGUGAAAUAGUAAGUGCUGUGCAAAGCUUCCUAAUAUUUUCCUAUGUUCCAUUUGCACCAUUUGGACCUGUGGUGGAACCGCUGAAUGCUCCCGACGCCUUCAUCACCCAAGAUCCCCGAGAUGUCAUCAAGAGCGGGAAAUUUGGACAAGUUCCCUGGGCCGUGACCUAUGUCACUGAGGAUGGUGGCUACAACGCCGCCCUGCUACUGGAAGAAUCGAAUAAAUGUGGAAAGACAUUGCUUGAGGAACUUAACGAUCGCUGGUUUGACUGGGCCCCGUAUUUGCUAUUCUACCGGGACUCAAAGAAGACUAUCGAGGAAAUGGACGAUUACUCCCGGAAAAUUAGGCAGGAGUAUGUGGGCGAUCAGAGAUUUAGAAGCCAAAACUAUUGGGAAUUGCAGCAGCUCUUCACGGACGUCCUCUUUAAGAACAGCACACAGGACUCCUUGGAUCUUCAUCGCAAACAUGGAAAGAGUCCAGCCUAUGCCUUUGUUUAUGACAACCCAGCCGACAGAGGAAUCGCCCAGGUGCUGACCGAACGAAGGGAUAUUAAUUUUGGAACGGUGCACGGAGACGACUACUUUUUGAUAUUCGAAAACGUUGUACGAGAUCCGCAGUUGCGUCCGGAUGAGAAAAGCAUUUCGAGAAAUUUCAUCAGUAUGUUGGCGGACUUUGCUCUGAGUGACAACGGGACACUAACCUAUGGCGAAUGCGUUUUCCAGGACAAUGUGGGCAGUGAGAAAUUUAAUUUGUUAUCCAUAGACAAAAACGGAUGUGAGAACAAACAGUAUGUUCAGUUUCCCUAAAGUUCUUCACCGAAAUAAAACUGUUAUUGAUUUAACAA